UGCGGCAGGGUCUCGGUGGCGGGCUGCGUUCCCGGGACACCUCGGGACGGCGUAGCGCUGAGGCUCGCCGGGGCGCCUGGCCGGGACGGUUGACGGAGUUAUUUCUGCUACAGGGGCCAUGACACCACUUCUCUGUCACCUGUGUCCUGCUUGGUCCAGCUAACGUUCUGGGAGCCCUGGUCUGAGGAGGAAUUGAGCUGACUGUUGGCAUGAGGACCCUGCAUUCCUGGAGUUGAGAGCGCACUGCCAUGGCUUCUCUGGAUGACCCAGGGGAUGUGAGGGAGGGCUUUCUAUGCCCCCUGUGCUUGAAGGACCUGCAGUCUUUCUAUCUCCUGCAGUCACAUUAUGAGGAGGAGCACUCAGGGGAAGACCGUGAUGUCAAAGGACAGAUUAAAAGUCUUGUCCAGAAGGCUAAGAAAGCAAAGAACAAGUUGCUGAGACGGGAAGGGGAUGAGCGAGCAGAGUCAGGGGCUCCAGGAUAUGAAUCUUUCAGCAAUGGAGGGGUUGACCCUUACAUGUGGGAGCCCCAAGAGCUUGGGACCACGAGAAGCCAUCUUUCUGACUUCAAAAAACACCGUGCUGCCAGAAUCGACCACUAUGUCGUUGAAGUCAAUAAAUUAAUAAUCAGGUUAGAGAAGCUCACUGCAUUUGACAGAACUAAUACCGAGUCUGCGAAGAUCCGAGCAAUCGAAAAGUCUGUGGUGCCUUGGGUCAAUGACCAGGAUGUCCCUUUCUGUCCUGACUGCGGGAGCAAGUUCAGCAUCCGUAACCGCCGCCACCACUGCCGCCUCUGUGGCUCGAUCAUGUGCAAGAAGUGCAUGGAGCUCAUCAGCCUGCUCUUGGCAAACAAGCUCACCAGCGCCAGUAGGGAUGCCCUGAGCACCCACACCAGCCCCAGCCAGUCUCCCGGCAGUGUGCAUGGCUCGCGCCGUGGCAGCAUCGGCAGUGUGAGCAGCAUGAGCUCUGUGCUGGAUGAGAAGGAGGAUGAGCGCAUCCGCUGCUGCAGGCACUGCAAGGACACGCUGCUGCGCAGGGAGCAGCAGAUGGACGAACGGGAGCACACACCUGCCAUCACCAAGCUCUAUGAGAAAUUGCGGCUCUGCAUGGAGAAAGUGGACCAGAAAGCCCCCGAGUACGUGCGGAUGGCAGCAUCCUUAAAUGCCGGGGAGACCACCUACAGCUUGGAGCAGGCCAGUGACCUCCGCCUGGAGGUGCAGAAAGUAUAUGAGCUCAUAGAUGCCUUAAGUAAGAAGAUCUUAACCUUGGGCUUGAACCAGGACCCCCCACCACAUCCCAACACACUUCGGCUGCAGAGGAUGAUCCGGUACUCGGCCACGCUCUUCGUGCAGGAAAAGUUGCUGGGUUUGAUGUCACUGCCAACCAAGGAACAGUUUGAAGAACUGAAAAAGAAAAGGAAGCAGGACAUGGAGAGGAAGAGGAUGCUGGAGAGACAGGCUGCCCUGGAGUCACAAUGUAGGCUUGAGGAUAAGCAGCGUGGUCCAGCAGCCAAUGGGGAAGUAGCCCCCACAAGAAAGGCCGAGGGCUGGCUCCCACUGCCUGGGACACAGGGCCAGCACGAGGAUCCUGACCCACUGCUGCAACAGAUCCACAACAUUGAGUCGUUCAUCAAGCAGGCCCACGCUGCCGGCCGCACUGAUGAGGUGCGCACCCUGGGAGAGAACCUGCGGCAGCUGCAGGACGAGUAUGACCAGCAGCAGACGGCCAAGGCCAUUGAGCUGUCUCGCAGGCAAGCUGAGGAGGAGGCCUUACAGCGUGAGCAGCUGCAGAGGCUGCAGGAGCGGGAGCGGGAGCGGGAGCGGGAGCAGGAGCAGGCUACCUCUCUGCACUCUCGGACCCGGGCCCUAGAGUCCCGGGAGGCCGCACCCUUCCUGCUGGAGCCCAGCCGGGGGCUGCGCCCACACCCUGCCUUCGCUCUGGAGCUGGGCUCCAAUCCAGGCUUGGGCAUGGCCCCUGAGACACCUUCACCUGGUGCAACAUGGGCCCUGGGCCGGGAGAACCUCCCCCACAGCACUGAGCCCCAGCAGAGCGACUGUGCCCUACACCCCUUUAGCAGGGACUUCCUCUCCAGCCCUGCUGCUGUGCAGGCUGAGCUCCCCAGAGAGUACAACCCUUUUGAGGACGAGGAAGAGGAGGAAGAAGAGGAGGCAGCAGCCACAGGAAACCCUUUCACCAGCCCCAAAAGACCAGCACCCAACCCCUUUGAGGAAGAUGAUGAUGGCCCUGACCAGAGGCCUGCCAGCCCUCCUGUGCCUGGCAACCCCUUUGAGGCACCCACCGGCACCAACCCCUUUGAGGUGGACAGCGACAGUGGCCCAGAAGCUGAAGAGCCCAUUGAGGAGGACCUGCUCCUGCAGCAGAUAAACAACAUCAAGGCCUACAUCUUUGAUGCCAAGCAAUACGGCCGGCUAGAUGAGGUGGAGGUGCUGACCGAGAACCUGCGGGAGCUGAGGUGCACAUUGGCCAAGCAGAAGGGGGGCCCUGAGUGAUGGUGGGAAGCAAGACCUGCAACCUGGAUGCUGCUGUCCAUGCCAGAUGUGUCUGCAUGACAGUGACUAACACAGGAACCCCUAGAGCACCAGCCUUCACUCCUCGGCAGCAUUUCCUUCCUGCCUUGUUUUUCAGUUAGGGGAUUUUCCUCUUUCAUGGACUUUUCAUUUUACUAUGAAGCUGUAACUUGGUUCAGUUCUGUGACCUGGGGUGGACAUGGCCACCCACACCUAAUGGUCCCGGCCACUAUGCAGUGUUAGGAUGGCCUCAGACAGGCAGGCAGUCUGGGUCUCCUGAGUUGUCCUGCUCUGGCAGAAGCCUGUGCCCUUUGAGCCGUGGGCCUCCGGCUUUUCCUGGAGUUGGUCCUGGGGUCAGUGCCAUGGGAAUGCUGGAGCAGUGGUGCACCUUGGUAGUGGGUGUGUUGCCAACUUUCCCUUCCCACUCAGGCUACAGUGAGGCUCCCAGUAUGAUGUGCAUUGUGAUUUGGCCAUGAGCCUGCAGGAAGAGGUGCAAUUAAUGUCCUGGUCAUUGUUCGUGUGUCUGGGAGAGGUCCCUACCUGCAUGCAGGAACCGCCCCCCCCCAACCAAGCAUCAAAAGGGCCCAGUA